ACACAUCACAGAAGCGGAACUCGAGCGGAUGUGUAGGAAAUGUUGAUAUUAAAACAAUUAUAUGUCCUCAUGCCAGGAUUGGAUAAAAAUUCCCUUGAAAAGAAAAAUUCUCCUUUAGAAGACGACAAUGGAGAAGGCGAAUCUACGGAUGAACAGGGUUCGACUGAAACUCCCACGGAGGAGGAGGGGGCUGUAGGGGGCUGGGCUGAGAAUGAGAACAGUGGUCAGAGAAGGUACAUCAACAUCGACACUGACGUCACACAGGAGGUACAGUCUGUCAAAGUCUGUGUGGAAAACGCUUAUGCAGAGGACGCCUGGAUGUGCAGCCACUGCCACGGUAUGAUGAUCUCAGUGUUUGCCGCAAGUUUCGAAGUGGAGGAACUGAGUGUUUUUCUUAUUCACAAUGUCCUCUAUAUAGAAGGGAAUCAUCCUCCCAGACACCACGAUAUUACCACGCCCGCUAGAACAUUUACCCAGACUUUUGUCAUCCCCGACGAGCAGCCUGACCAUUUGGAUAUGUCUUCCAUCACCUGUUUUACCAAUGGAGACUAUUUAUGUGUGUGCAUUCCCUCAUAUCUGAAUAAACCACAAAACUGACGAUACUGUGAUGGUUUGUGAAGCUUUUAAUAAAAGUAUGAUCCUUGGGACCAGGCGGGAAAUUCAAUACAUUGAAAAAGAGAGAAAUAAAAAAGGCAUCCACAUUAUAAAACCAUGACAAAUUUAAUAAUAUUUAUAGAUGAUAGGUUAUUAUAUUAUAUACCAUCGUUAUUGCAUGCUAAUGGGAGUAACAUGAAGCUCUAUUCACCAAGAAAAAAAUAUACAUCACGAGAGUGCUGAAGAAGGAUGUGAUUUCUUGUUAUUACUUACAGCCCCAAAUGUCCAUUUGUGUAAUAAAGUGUUUAUCAUACGGAA